AUGUACGCAGUUAGUCUUCUAUCAAGAUUCAUGCAUGAUCCAAGUCAAGUUCACUACGGAGCAGCCAAGAGAAUCCUUCGAUACUUACAAGGAACAAAACUUUACGGAAUCUGGUACGAAGUCAUGAAUGAGUCAAAACUGAUUAGCUACACAGAUAGUGACUGGGUAGGAUCCAUGGACAACAUGAAAAGCACGUCAGGAUAUGCCUUCACACUUGGAUCUGGAAUAUUUUCAUGGGCCUCAAAGAAACAAGCAACAGUUGCACAAUCAUCAGUUGAAGCAGAGUACAUUGCAGCAGCAAUGACUACAAGCCAAGCUAUAUGGCUUAAAAAAAAUACUAGAAGACAUGGGAGAAUCACAGAGGGAAGCUACAAAGAUAUAUUGCGAUAG